AUGGCAGCUUCCCACACUUGUCAUGCAAGUGGAACAAAAUUGGAGCAACAAAAGUCCAGAUCACUUUUCCUUGAUAGUAUUGUAAUGCGAGAGCCCUCAAGCUCUGCUGCGACUGCUCCUGUCGCAUCGGUGGCGUCGCCUCCUGUCACACCGGCAACCAACAUGCCAACUCAGACUCCAACCCUAGCAGGUACUGCUGGCCCAACACACGGAGCGAUCCCUGCCAUUACCCACACUCCCACUCAAGCAGUCGGUAGUGCAACCACGACUGCAGCCGCUGAAGAUGUCAUAGCAGUGGCAGCUUCCGCUACUAUAACCCCAACAAUCACUCCAACAGUCACUCCUACCAUUGAAGCAUCGAGCAGUCCCACCAGCAAGCCGACAACUUCGCCCACGGUAAUGGCUAGUUCUCAUCCCACUGCUACUCCUUCGAGAUCACCCACAGCUCAGCCGUCUGCCAUUCCAACAAAAAUGCCCACGAUGAGUCCCAGUAUCGCUCCAUCGAGUACGCCAUCUAUGGCUCCAUCAGAAGUUCCAUCCCCAGCCCCUUCCGUCACACCCGACUGCAUUGAUGAUCUUUCCAAGGUACACGACAUGGAAAUCAACAUUCAAGAUACUUCUAGACGUCGAAAAUACUGGCUGUGUCCUGACACGGUGUUCAAUAUGGGGACCUUGAACGCCAAUGGAACAAUCAUUGAUGGCCAAUCCUACAUUAUGUUACGUCCCAACGUCAUUUACCAGUGUGGGUUGGAUGGUAGCCGAUCUAACAACUGUACCAUUCAGGGUGGAGAUUUUGGUGUCACCUCCUUUUAUGGUGUCUUCGAGGGCAUUCAAGAGACUGUGGACAAUGCCGUUAUUCAAGGAUUGACGUUUGUGGGCCAAAGCCUCUUCUCCGUGGUUCUGGAAGCCGCAGGCGACGUCACAUUUCAAGAUUGUGUCUUCCGAGAUCAAGAAAGCAUGGCACCUGUCCUGAUUCAAUGGAAUGGUGAAGCACCUUUGGAGAGUACCACUCGUAGGUUGCGAGCUUCAGCCGAUUCGGGCAAUACUGGAUUCCAAGGCUUUCAUCAGCGUCGAGUUCAAAACCAAAUUUCGGCCACGCGGUAUUUGGAGGAGAAUGCUACUGAUGUAGUGGAGGAUACCACUGUGAGCACCACUCAACUCAGACACAAGGUUGCAUUCAGACAGUGCGUCUUCCGUAACAACCGUGCCAACAAGCAAUAUGGACUUCCAAGUAUGAUUGAAAACACCUACCAAAGCGAAUUGGUCAUCGAACAUUGCCUAUUUGAGAACAAUGACUACGGAGAGGCAACGAACCCAACACCAUUUGGAUAUGCCAUUCGCAGUUUCGGCCCAUUGUCUGUCGAAGCCAGCUGUUUUGAAGACAAUGAAUUCCUGCAGGACGCUCCUGUGGUAGUUUACAAUGACAUCUACUCUUCUGUCAACAACUAUGCCACCCCCAAGCCCGAUCACUUGUACUGUGGCUUGAUGGCCCUCUAUAACAACAACAGAACUGGAUUGGUCACACCUGCAUCAUCUUUGAUUGACCAGGGUACUCCUGACUGUGUGGAAUCAGAUGUGGAUAGUUGUUUGGUCCAAUUGGCCCCCACCUUGGCGCCGACCGAACCGCCGAGCAUGGAACCAACCAUGGCAUAUGAUCGUAUUGUCCACAUCAGUGGUAGCUCUAGAAUACAGUUUUCGAGAAUGGCAAUGGUGGCGCUGUCGUCCAUCUUGCUGGUGGCCAGUUGAUUAUUGGGACACAAACCAUCACAAAAAUUCAAAACCCGAAAAGUUUUUGCCGACGACAAUCAGAUGCAUCUAUCAUCCCCCAUCCUAUCAUCGCCCAAAGCGAUGUUACCACUAUCGGAACGAUAUAAAAAAGCCAACGAAUACUUGCGUGACGAAAUCCGUCGAGUCAAGCUUGCCCACGCCCAACAACUUGCUGAAAAGGAUGCCAUGAUUGAAGACCUGAACGAGCAAAUCCAGCGCCUUCAGCAACAGCAAGCGCCACAGACAAGGAUCAAGCCCAAGUCUUCCUCUUCAUCACCGUCUAGCAAUCCUAGACCAGGGGUUCUACGUCGUUCGAAUUCCCAUUCGGCGUCUACCAAUUCUACUUCCAGUCUACGAAUGGCCGAAUUAGCUUCCUUUUCGACCACUUCAGCUGAGGAAGACGAAAGCAUCAAAAGCAUCACCAGUAACAACUACAUUCACGAAUCUUUUCUUUCUAUUCCAAAGGUCCCCCUUACGGAAGAAGACGAAGAGGAGGAGGAAGAAAAGGUGAAGAAAGAAGAUAUUUUAUCUCAAGACCGUGACAAGAAAAAUGAUAAAACCAUUGAAAUCCGCAAUGCCAAUAACCCUCAAGACGAAGAAGAAGUCAUGUCCGAUCAACUACCAAGGCGCAAGCAUUCCUUAUCUGCUUUCGUCCGAACUACUAGCAGGAGAUUCGUUCGUCGUAUGUCCUUCAAGAAAUCCCGACGGCCUUUUUUUCGUCCAAAGAAAUUGGGACGGAAAGGAACUCCCUUGCCUACCACCAUAGAAAUGGUGGGUGAUUUGAAGGAGAAAGAUCCUCGUGAUAUCCAUUACCAACCUGACACACCAUACGAAGAUGAUAAAAGUCAAAAUGGACCACCACGAUUGGAAUCACUCAAGCGCAUGAGUUCCAUCUACUCUAACGGCAGCUCGGUCUGGUCGACCGAUCCUAUUUCAUCUGACCCUGCCUUUCGAUUGGACUCCAGGAGAAGCUCUGGCUGGUCCAUGAAUCCACUUCCGUCUGACUCUGCUGCUAAGCGACCUUCAACAAACCCCCGAAGGCCCACCAUUGUUGCUCCUACUGUCCGGGUUCGGGAACUGCCUCGAGAAUUGAGCCUCAAUCGAGUCGUAACGGAAGACGAGGACAGCGAUGAUGAUUUGUCAAGUCCCCAACUGGCCACGAAACCCAAUGAAAAGCAUCAGACCACUUCCACCGUCCAAGUGAAUUGCCAGCACAUCACCGAUGCGUGCAACCGUCGUGGGCUUUACAGUGGAAGCCUGGAUGCCGAGACGCAACUACCGCAUGGACAUGGAAGCAUGAUUUACCCAGGCAGGGCGCGGUACCAGGGAUCCUGGGAAGAAGGUCACUGGCAUGGCAAGGCGAUCUUCCGAGAUGGCAUGGGUAGUGUCUAUCACGGAUACUUUGAGCAAGAUAAGAAAGAAGGAACUGGCAUUCUCAAGUACGCCAGUGGAAAAACCUUUGAAGGCCGGUUCAAGGACAACCAAAUGUACGAGGGUACAAUGACGGAUGGUCGCACUGGUUCCACUCACGAAGGUCUCUUUGAAAAUGGACAAUCCCAUGGUUUUGGAUCGCACCAGUAUUCGGAUGGCUCCGAGUAUAGGGGUCAGUUUGAGCAAGGCGAGAGACAUGGACAUGGUACGGUCGUCAUGCCAUCUGGUGCCAAGUACAUUGGGGAUUUUGAAAAUGACCUGGCCCAUGGAAUGGGUCAAUCGGAGUAUAAGGAUGGAACCGUCGAGCAUGCUGGCCACUGGGAUACCGGGGUACCUGUGCAUUCGCAAAUCUUCGAUGCCUAA